CGGCGGCGGGGUGGGGGCAGGGAGUGCGGGGCGAGCCUGCGGCGGCAGAGGCCAGCGUAACGUUGCACCAGCCUGAGGCGCGCCGUGCGUUCUUCUGGGGAAGUUGUCCCUGGACCCCGGGACCCUGGCAGUGGCGGGCUGCACAGGCUCCCGGAAGGGAGGUGUGGAUAGUGAUCUGUGCUCGUCCAUAGGCUUCUUGGUGGUGGCAGCAGCAGCCUUAGCGUCUCAUGCCCGUCUCUGGGGGAAGAGGAUUUUUACAUGGUCUCAAACUCUCUUUUGAAUCAGGAACUCUGGGGCUGGAACCCAGUCAUCUGUGUUUUCACAUGUCCUCCUGGGGUUUCUGAUACACGCUAGACAAAGUUUGAGAACCAGUGAUCUGCUAGUGUUGCAGGGCCUCCUGAAGAGGUGGGGAUUGGCUGUGCCUCACGGUGAGGACAAGGACACUGCUAGCAGUUCUGGGAAGUACUCCUUGGCAUGAGCCCUCCCGGAGUCAGCCAUUAGCCGCACCAAGGAGCCUGUAGCCUCCAGUGCUGGGUCGCCUCAGGCCAAACAACCCUGUUGUGUGUUUUUGAGAAUCCAUAUUUGCCCUUUGUGAUCCAGUCCAGGACAUAAUCUUGGCUUCAGUCUCCAGGGGAAGUACUCUGUAUGUCCUGUGAGUAUUGAUUUCAGGAAGGACACAGCUAGAUAUUUCUGUAGGGGAUUAGUUAAUUAAUUUUUUACUGUAAGGAAAGUUGUAUGAUGGAUAUUAAACUGAUUAUUUUCUUGGACUGAAUGAGAACUCCAUGUUACUACAAAUAUGAGUAGGACCUAAAAGUCUUGUCUUGCUGAAAUCUGAAAUCUUGAUUAGCCUAUACUGAGCUGCCAGAUAUAUAUAGGAUCUUCACUCCCUCAGCAGUCAAGAUGGCAUAAUACACUUGUUUUUCUCUGGAGAAUAGUGGGCAGUGACUGAAGAUUUCUCAAGGGUCACUCAUGAUGGGGUUGUACCUUUCCAUCUUGAAAUUUCUGAAAAUAAUUGAGUUAAAAGAUAAACAUGUUGCAAAGGGCAUUCGUGCUUCUGGCCAUGAUGGAGUAACUGAGACCUAACUAACCUUCCUGAAUAGAUAACUAGAAGUAGAUGAAAUUUGUGAAACAACUACUUUCAGAAAUUGGACACCAGGCAGUGCAGGACUCUGAUCCUCAAGAGAAAGGAAAAUAGCAAUGAACCACAUACAACCACCACUUUCAGGCUUUCGCUUGGGAGGCUAUCUUAGCUCGGGCUGCCAUAACCAAAUCCCACAGACUGGGUGGCUUGAGCAACAGGAAUUUAUGUUCUCAUAGUUCUGGAGACGAGAAAGAAAUAAACAAGGUGCUAUCAGGGUUGGUUUCUGGUGAGGCUUGUAGGUAGCUGUCUUCUCACUAUGUUUUCAAGACAUAGUGGAGAGACAGAUCUGUUGUCUGUUAUAAGGACACCAAGCCUAUAGGAUUGGGGCUCUACAUUUAUGAAUUCGUUUAACUUUACCUCCCUGAAAGCCCUGUCCCUGAUGUAUAGUCACAGUGAGGGUUAGGGCUUCAACAUAUGAAUUUCGGGGGAAGACAAUUCAGUUCAUAACAAAGGCACUUUCCAGGCUAAGAUGCAGAGAAGGGGGAUCCCCAUCAAAGCAUAGUCAUGUUACUAAGUUGAGGCAGAUUGGAAUUCAUGGAGGGGGCUAGAAUUUGUAGGGCAGACAGCCAUAGAAGAAGGAGCUAUGCAAAGAAACGGCCACAAGGGCUUCCCUGGUGGCGCAGUGGUUGAGAGUCCGCCUGCCGAUGCAGGGGACACGGGUUGGUGACCCGGUCCGGGAAGAUCCCACAUGCUGCGGAGCGGCUGGGCCUGUGAGCCAUGGCUGCUGAGUCUGCGUCUGGAGCCUGUGGUCCGCAACGGGGGAGGCCACAGCAGUGAGAGGCCUGUGUACCACAAAAAAAAAAAAAAAAAAAGGAAACGGCCACAAAAGUCUCCAUAGGAGUUUCAUUGAGUGUAUUGCUGAAACUUCAUAAGGCUGGGCAAAGAAUGGGUAGUUGGCAAGCUGAACAAAUUACCUGAGCUCAAAAAGGCUGGGAAACAUUCAUGUUCUGAGCUGCUAGAAUGGAGAGUUACACAUUUAGGCCAUUCAGUAGAGACCUCAGAAGGGUCACAUCUUGGCAGUAGGGCUGAACUGCCCAGAGUAAAGAUUAUCUUAAACUCACACUCAUGAAUUUAAUAACAAGCCUUGAAAGGUUCAGCAUGAUCCAAAAGUAACCAAGCUGCCUCACUGAACAGUCUUACACCUUUUGAAGGAAUUCACAAAAUUCAAAACUCCCCAAUGCAGAAUUUGCAGUGUUAAUCCAUUAAAAAUUUACUGUACAUAGAAGCUGGAAAAUGUGAACUAUAGUCAGCAGAAAAACCAAUAAAUAGAAAGCACCGAGAAAUGACUAACGAUAGGAUUAGCAAAGAUUUUAAAAUAGGUUUUAUACAUAUGCUCAGAUAUUUAAAGAGAAACAUGAAUACAAUGAUAAGAGGAAUUGGAGAUACAGAAAUGGAACCAAAUGGAACUUCUAGCAAUGAAACCAUACAAUAUCUUAUAUGAAUAAUUCCCUGGAGGGGCUUAAAAGAAGAUUAGACACUGAUGAAAAAGAUCAAUGAACUUGAAGACAUAGCAAAAGAAAGUAAACUGAAGAAAGAGAAAAAUCCAAAGUGGCUACACCAGUUUACAUUCUCACCAGCAGUGUUCCAAUUUAUCUACAUCUUCACCAACACUUGUUAUUUUAUCUGACUUUUUGAUUAUAGCCAUCCUAGUGUCUGAAGUGGUAUUUCAUUGUGGUUUUAUCUGAAAUUUUGAUAACUAAUGAUGUUGAGCAUAUUUUCAUGUGCUUAUUGGCCAUUGUAUAUCUUACUUGAAGAAAUGUCUAUUCAUAUCUUUUGCCCUUUUUUAAUUGGGUUGUUACUCAUUAAGUUAUAAGAGUUGUUUAUAUAUUCUGCAUGCUAGACUUCUGUCAGAUAUAUGAUUUGCAGGUUUUCUUUUUUUUGUGGGUUGUCUUUUUUACUUAACGGUGGUGUCCUUCGAAGCACAAAAAUUUUUAAUAUUGGUGAAGUUCAGUUUAUCUUUUUUUGUUGUUAUUUUUGCUUUUGGCAUCAUAUCUGAAAAACCAUUGCCUACUUCAAGGUCAUCAAGAUUUAUGCCUAUUUUUUUUGGUAAGAGUUUUAUAGUUUUAGUUCUUACAGUUGGGUCUUUGAUCCAUUUUGCAUUAUUUUUGUAUAGGGUUUAAGGAGGGUUCCAAGUACAGUUUUUGCAUGUGGAAUACAUUUGCUGAAAAGACUAUUGUUUCCUCAUUGAAUUGUGUUGUCACCUUGUCAAAAUCCAUUGACCAUUCUCAAUUCUAUUCCAUUGUCUAGCCUUAUACCAUUAGGGCACUAUCUUGAUUACUGUAGCUUUAUAGUAUGUUUUGAAAUAGGGUUUGAUGAGGCUUCCACCUUUGUUCUUCCUUUUCAAGAUCGUUUGGGCUAUUCUGGGUCCCUUGGCAUUUCCAUAUGAGCUUUAGGAUCAACUUGUCAGUUUCUGCAAAGAAACUAGCAAGGAUUCUGAUAGAGAUUGUUAAUCUGUAGAUUAUGUUAAAUCAGUUUGAAGAGUAUUGUCAUCUUAACAAUAUCAAGUCUUCUGAUCUGAGAACAUGGGUGUCAUUCCAUUUAUUUAGGUCUUUAAUUUUUUUCAACAAUGUUUUUGUAGUUUUCAGUGUACAGGUCUUGAAUUCUUUUGUUAAAAUUGUACCCAGAUAUUUUAUUGAUGGUAUCAUAAAUGGAAUUGUUUUCUUAAUUUCAUUCUUAGAAUGUUCAUUGCUAGUGUAUAGAAAUACAAUUUAUUUUUGUACAUUAAUCCUGUAUUCUGUAACUUUGCUGAACUCGUUUAUUGGUUCUAAUAUUUGUGUGUGUGUGUGGAUUACGUAGGGUUUUCUAUGUAUAAAAUCAUUCCAUCUGCAAAUAGAGAUAGUUUUACUUCUUUUCUUUCAGAUCUGGAUGCCUUUUAUUUCUUUCUCUUGUCCUGACGAGAACCUCUCAUACAGUGCUAAGCAGGAGUGGCCAGAGCAGACAUCUUGCAUGUUCUUGAUUUUGGUGGAAAGCAUCCAGGCUUUUACCAUUAAGUAUGAUGUUACUUAAAGCUGUGAAGUUUUCAUAGAUGUCCUUUAUCAGGGUUAGGAAGUUCCCUGCUUUUUCUGCAUUUAUUUAAUCAUGUCUCUCCCUCCCCCCUUAUUCUACACUAUUAUAUUAAUUGAUUUCCAGAUGUUAAACCAACCUCAUAUUCCUGGGAUAAAUUUCAUGUGGCCAUGGUGUGGUGUAUAAUCUUAUUUAUAUGUUACUAGAUUUGGUUUGCUAGUAUUUAUUGAGAGUUUUUGCAUCAAUAUUCAUAAGCAAUAUAGAUCUUUAGUUUCUUUUCUUGUGCUAUCUUUGAUUUGGUAUCAGGGUAAUACUGGCCUCAUAGAAUGUGUUGGGAGGUGUCUGCUCCUCUUCUGUUUUUCAGAACAAUUUGUGAAGAAUUUAUAUCAUUUCUUUUCUGGACGUUUGGUAAAAUUCACUAGUGAAGCCAUCUGGACCUCAGCUUUUCUUUGUGGAAAUUUAAAAAUUACUAAUUUUAUAUCUUAUAGGCCAAGUCAUAUUUUCCAUUUCUUCUUAUAUCAGUUUCAGUAUUUUGUGUAUUCCUGGGAAUUUGUGCAUUUCAUUUAUCUAUUUUGUUAGUAUAGUCCAUAGUAUUCGCUUAUAAUCCUUUUCAUAUCUGUAAGUUUCGUGUCUCCUCUUUUGUUCCUGUUUUAGGUAAUUUGAGUCUUCUCUCUUUUUUCCCUUGGCCGGUCUAAAGGCUUGUCAAUUCUGUUGAUAUUUUCAAGGAAACAACUUUUGGUUUAUUGAUUUUUUUUUCUGUUGUUUUUCUAUCUGCUGAAAACCAAUAAUAAAGAGAAAAACCUUAUAAAGCAGCCGGAGGAAAACAAGACACAUUGCUUAUAGAGGAAGAGGAAGCCUUCCAAUACAGAAGAUAAGGACACUACACUUAAAAUGGAUGCAUUGAAUUUCUUGUAAAAAUUUGGUUUAAAAAAAAAAACACAUUUCCUUUGAGUCUGAAUACUGUCAGUUUGAUCUCUGCAUGAGACAGUAUGCUUUGCAGGGAAGAACCCUUUCCCUGUCCCCGAAUUCCCAGACAAUACCAUGUCCCAGAGUUCUUCAUGGUGGAGGUGAUGGUUUUUCCUUCCAGUACAAAAGGAAAAAACAACAAAAAAAAAGCAGGCCCUGCUGAGUGUAGGCAGGAGUCUGUGCUGAUUAUGAUGCUUUUAGUGAAUUUUUUUUCUCCCUUCUUUUAGCCCUAAUCCAGUCAUUAUCAGCCUCAGCCGCACUUUAGAAUCAGCUGGGAAGCUUUAAAAAACUACUGAAGCCCAUCUCCAUCCUAGACCAACUUAAAUUUAGAAUCAGCUGGUGGAGCCAGCCAUCUGAGGUGUGUGUGUGUCUGUGUGUGUCUAAAUAUAAAAUAUAUGUAUGUGUGUAUAUAAAUAUGUAUAUUUUGUGUAUAUAUAAAUAUAAAAUAUAUAUGUAUAUUUUAUAUGUAUGUAUAUAUAUGUAUGUUGUGGUUUUUUCACUUAACGUGAAAAUUUUUAAAUAUAUACUGAAAUGGUGAGAAUAGUGAUCUUUAAACUGGGGAUAUGAGGACACCCAGGGGUGAAGGAUUCUCCAGGGGAUCAGCUUUAGCUGAAUAUCCAGGGUAAAAUUGACACCCCAAAUAUGCUUUGUCCAGUUUCCCCACCAUAUGGGGUGCAAAAUGGAGAUGGUUCUUGGUCAUGAAACAGAUACUAUUACACAUAAACGCACAAACACUGUUGGGAGGAAAAAUUUUCUUUUGUCACCUUAGGUCCUAGUGCUUGGGGCCUGUGUAUUAAUUGACAGCCGCCAGUUUGAAGAUCACUGUCAAGGGGUUUGCAAUUCUUUGCUUUAAAUCAAAUUUUAAAAGGGUGAGUAUAAAUUUCCACUAAAAUUUUACUUUCACUUAAAAUUUGUCAUGUUUUGAUCAAUUAUGUGUUACUAGUAAUGGUAAUGUUAACUCAAUCAAAAUAAUUUUUUUGAACACUUACAGCUUUAAGAUCAUAAGAAGUGAAGUUUAAAAUUUUUUAAAAUAAAAUACUUUUGUAGUCAAAUACUUUUGUAGUCAAGAAGUAUGAGCAGAUGAUCAGUAGUAGAUCUUCAAGCAUAAAAAUAUAUCACAGUCCAAUAAACUUCUUUGAAGGAAGUAGGGUGAAAGUGUAAGUUCAAAAAGAAAAAAAAAAGAAUGAUGUUAAGAAGAGUUAGUCAGGGACUUCCCUGGUGGCGCAGUGGUUAAGAAUCCGCCUGCCAAUGCAGGGGACAUGGGUUUGAGCCCUGGUCCAGGAAGAUUCCACAUGCUGCGGAGCAGCAGCCCGAGCGCCACAACUACUGAGCCUGUGCUCUAGAGCCCCCCGAGCCACAACUACCGAGCCCACGUGCCACAACUACUGAAGCCCACGCGCCUAGAGCCUGUGCUGCAACAAGAGAGGCCACCUCAAUGAGAAGCCCGUGCGUCGCAACGAAGACGAGCCUCUGCUUGCUGCAACUAGAGAAAGCCUGCACGCAGCAACGAAGACCCAAUGCAGCCAAAAAUAAAUAAAAUUUAAAAAAAAUAUAUUUUUAAUGGAUAAUGACGGGUAUCAUAUUGCUAUGGUAUUUAGAUUCCACUGGAUUCAUUUCAGAAAGUAACGUUUUAUUUCAAAAUGUUAAGAUUUAUAAUACAUUGGAAAUUAGAUUCUUUGCAAUUGCUUAAACUUGUGAUGAAUCAUUAUAGAUGUCAACUGAAAAAUGUACAAGGGAGAACAUGCAUUAAAAAAAUUUUUUUAAGGGCUUGAGAAGGGAAAAGUGAAGAUCACUGCUCUAGAUGGAUUGCUUCGUUUCCUUCUGGAGGGCCAAGGACCAUUCACUAGAAGAACAAGAUAGAAGAGAGUGCUCAGGCUUCAGUCAGAAUUAUAUUUUAAGUAAUCGUCAUCAUCAUAACAGCAAACACUUAAAAAUAACUUAUAUGGUUGCUCUUGAAGUUCAUUUGAGAAAAACACUAGUGGAAUAUGGGAAGAUGAAGAAAGAAAUACAAAAGAUAUUGCUUGUUGUACCUAUUUUUCAGGGAGAAGAGUGCUGGCGUGGGGUGAGAGGGCGGUUCCCAGUUCAAGACAGUGAACUAAACCACCAGAAUAAUUCCCUCUGCAGAUUCCAGGGCAAUACUGGAAAUGGGGAAGACAGCCAUCUAUCAGCACACGAGCCGCUUGGAGUAAAUAUCUGGAAAGUACUGUUGGCUGUGCAACACGAGGAGCUGACUGAUGAAGACCUGAUGGAAUUGGAGGCCCAGAGAAAGGACGAAGAGAGACAAGAGGAAGAAGUAACUGAAGAACCGAAGAGAUUGACGAUGCAGGAAAUGGCAAGGGGAUUUUCUUUAUUUGAGGAGGCGCUGUUAGCUUUUGAGGCAUAGGAUGGUACACGAAGGUUGCAGCAGCCGUUCAGAAUGCAAUCCAGUGCUACCAUGUCAUCUAUGACAAGAAAAAAAGAGCUACUACCCAGACAUCGCUGGAUCCUUUUUUCAAGAGGGUAGAUAGAACUGAAUCUGGCAAGGAACCAGAGCCUGUGCCAUCAGCGUCAGGCAUGAGUGAAAUUGUAGUUUGCCCUCCGUCUCCUAUUGCUGACGAUCCUUCAGCUCUACCGCCUCCCACCUCCUCUCCCUCCUCCAAUCGGUAACUCUCCUUGCCUGUUCACUUGAUGCCAGCCCCUGGAUGCCAGCUGUUGUACUGUACUACUGUACUUUUCAAGGUACUGUACUGUAAGAUUAAAAAUGUUUUCUUAA